UUAUGUGUUUGUUACUCUUUACACGACCGUUCUUUCCGUUCGACGCCAUUUUGAUGAAACAGCGACGAGAGGGGACAUGUUGUGGCAUCACCCCCGUGAUUUUUGUGUGGAGUCAUAAUUGUUUUUCUUCUUUUUAUAUCUUUUUGUUUCCGCGCCCGGGAGGCGAAGGAGCACAACCCGAUGGACCAGAAGAGGAACAAGACACCGUUUCGGGGGUAGCGGAGCCUUAUCGUUAGCCAUAGCUUGCUAGCUCGGGCCACUCGUUUUGUCUGCGUUUGUUCAUAAAUUGUUGUCGUCUCGGCGAAGGGCUUUGUUAGCCACUUAAAUCCCUUCCGUGGACUCGUUUUGUGGACUGUAUUCUGAAGAACUGAAGGUGGGGAGGCUCCCCCCUCGGCCCCAAAUCAAACACUGCCUGGACUGCGGUUAGCAACAUUAGCUGCUAACCCAAGCGGCCUUCCCUUGCGUUCCUCCUCUGCCUCCAUAUGACUGCUGGUGGCGGACGUGGGCGUUAGAACACCGUUCUGCCGGUAGAAGCGAGCUCGGACUACCUUGGGGGACCCCUUGGUUGGAUUUUCGGGGCGUUGUUUGUGUGUGUCGCUUUGGUUUUGGACUCGAGAGGACUUUACAAAAAGGCACAUGGCGCCGUCGAUUGGCGCGCCGGCCUCUCAUCUCUUGCGUUGGGAUUAAACGAGGACUCUGCGUCAUUGAUCCGCCCUCCAUUUUCCCCCUUUUUCUUUUUUUUUUUUUUUUUUUUUUUCCGUUUGUUUGGUUGUCCAACGCCUGUCUCUACUCCACCCCCACCCCGUCCCUAAACCUCUUUCUCUCCCCCCAACCCUUGUUGUUAUAAAAGAAAAGUGUGGCAAAAAUGUCGUGUGUUCACUACAAGUUCUCUUCCAAACUGGACUACAACACGGUCACGUUCGAUGGUCUGCACAUCACCCUCAGUGAGCUCAAGCGGCAGAUCAUGUCCAGGGAGCGCCUCAAGGCCACAGACUGCGACCUGCAGAUCACCAACGCACAGACGCGAGAAGAAUACACGGAUGAUGAAGCCCACAUCCCCAAGCAUUCGUCCGUGAUCGUCCGCAGAACACCGAUUGGAGGUGUCAAACCUGCUGGCAGGACGUUCAUUGUAGAUCGUUCUGACACGUCUGUGGCGGGAUCGUCGAGACCCACCGACUCCUCACCGUCUAUGUCUCUCGCCCAGCUCACCAAGACCGCUAACCUGGUUGACGCAAAUGCAUCCGAGGAGGACAAGAUUAAAGCCAUGAUGACUCAGUCCAACCACGAAUACGACCCUAUUCAUUACUCCAAGAAGGCAGUCGGACCACCACCGGCUCACUACCUUUGUUUCCGUUGUGGAAAGACCGGUCACUAUAUUCGGCAGUGCCCCAUGCUACUGGUUCAGGAUAAGAGCAUGGAGGGUCCGAAGCAGGUCAGAACCAGCAAGGGGAUUCCUCAAAGUUUCAUGGUGAAAGCUGAACCCGGCACCAAAGGAGCCAUGUUGACCAGCACCGGCGAAUACGCCAUACCGGCCAUCGACGCGGAAGCGUACGCGCAGGGCAAGAAGGAGCGGCCGCCGUUCGUUCCGCACGACCAGUCGUCCUCCGAGGACGAUUCCGAUCCCAUCCCGGACGAGCUGCUGUGUCCCAUCUGCAAUGAUCUGAUGACGGACGCCGUGGUCAUUCCUUGCUGCGGGAACAGCUACUGUGACGAAUGUAUCCGGACGACCUUGUUGGACUCUGAGGAGCACGUUUGCUUCACGUGCAAACAGUCGGAUGUGUCGCCUGACCACCUCAUCGCCAACAAGUUCCUUCGACAGGCCGUGAACAACUUCAAGAAUGAAACGGGCUACACCAAACGCGGGCGCAAACAAAUCCAGCCUUCGGCCCCCCCUCCUCCGCGGCCUCACCUCCUGAACAGGCCUCUCCUAUCCAGACAGCAGGACCCUCUGAUAGCCAACAUCUCCCAGCCGCCGCCUCUGUCUGUUCCUCACGCUCCCGCAACCGCGAGCGUGACAGCCCCUCAGGCUCAGACCCCGCCCGCAGCACCUCCCGCCCCCAACACCCCCACCCCUACGCCUUCGCCGCCUCCUCAAGCUGACGUCACUGAGGAAAGAAAGAAAGAAGCCUCGCCAGUUCCGCUGCCCGUCGUGGACCACGGUUCUCCUCGGGUCUCUGGUGGUCAGGACGAGCCGCCCCCGCCGGGGGAGACUGAGCCGCUGCCGCCCAUUGUGAAGCCAGGCCUGCCCAAAAACCCAGAGAGCAGAUCACAUGCCUACAAUUUGCCCCUCCUUGGCACGGCUCCACCCUCGAGGCUGCCCUCUCACCUUUCAGGCCCACAUUCCCGGCCCCAGCAACCUCCCAGGGACAGGGGGGGAAGACACUGGGAAAGAAGCAGAGGCGAGCCACCCUCCACCCACCUGCAGACGGCCCAACUCCCUCUUCCCACUCCCCCCCUCUACGUGUCGCCCUCCCUGUACCCGCCGCCGCCGCAGCCAUACGCCCCCCUGUACACCGCGGGGCCCGGCCUCCUCCCGCCACCGACGAUGGGUUACCAGCCUCAGCCCAUGUAUGCCCCCGGCCCAGCGGGCGUCAACCCUCCCUGGGGGGCUCCCAGCGGCCAGCCCCCACUCCUCCCCUUGGCCUCCCCCCUCAAUCAGCCUCCGCUCUCCAAAGAAGAUUUCUACAGGCAGCGGCACCACCGACAAGACAACAUUACGUCCAAGCUUGACGAGUUCACAAAAGACUUCCACAAGGAGCUGAUGAAGUACCGAAAUGCACCAAAGAGGCAGAGACCUUCGUAUUCUAGGUCCCGAUCAUAUAGCCGUUCUCCGUUCAGCCGCUCGUACACUCGCUCUCGCUCCAGGUCCAGGUCCAGAUCACGGUCUUACUCGUACACCCCAAGCCGUUCCCGCUCACGUUCCCGCUCCCACGGGCGCCCGUAUCCCCGCUCACCUUACUCCCGACGCAACGGACGCAGCUACGGACGCUCUCGAUCGAGAUCCCGUUCCCGCUCGAGGUCGUAUAGUUACCGGCGCUCCGGUUCGCCGCCCUCCUUCCGCAACGCCGCUUGGGAGGGGACGGAAGGUGCGCCGCCGUUCCGUUCCAGGUCUCACUCCCGCUCUCCGGGCGGUUUCCGGAACCGCAGCCCCGCCGGACGAAAACCGCCACCGCGGGAAUUGGCGCCUUAUGACCUGAAGGGUCUUAGCCCCGGCAGUCAUGACCAAUGGGAGCGAGAUAGCUACCGGCAAUGGGAGCGGGAGUACAGGGAAUGGUACAACAAAUACUACAAAGACUAUGAGAAUCAACACCAGGCGAUGUAUCAGAGGGGCCGCAGUAGCAGGGAGAGGGAGAGAGAAAGGGACAGGGACCGAGAGCGGGAGCGGGACCGAGAGCGAAUGUCCCCGCUCCACCGGGAGUACUCCCCCCAAGGCAGAGGAAGAAGAGGUCGAGAUGACAAAGUGCCACCGAUUCAGAAUCCUCCAUCGUCGUCCUCGUCGUCAACAAAGACAAAUGCCAAGCUCCUGAAGACCAAGAAAGUGAAAAAGAGGAAAGCCGGAGAGGACGGGGAGCAAUCGCAGCAUCCUGUAGACCGGGGCGACGCCACGCCCGUCAGAGACGAACCCAUGGAUGACAUCCUGUCGCCAAACAAGACACCCCCUGUUUCCUCCAAGUCGGCCUCAUCCACUGGCAGCUCCAAGGCUCCUGCCUCCAAAAGUGCCACAACACCCUCAAGAACCUCGCUCAAGUCCACGCCCAAGACCGACAAGAAUAAGAAGGAGAAGAGUCAGAAAAUAAAACCCAAAGCCAAGACGGAUGCUUCCAAAGUCAAAAGCGACAAAGUUAAGAAGAAGACUAGUGAACCUGUGGUGACCAAAAAGAAGGAGCCCUCAUCUGCAGCACCGGCGGCAACGACGGCGGCUGCUGCCGCUGCGAAGACAUCAAAGACCAGCAAAACCAAGCCCGAAGAGACCCACAACUCAAGUGUGCCUAAAAAGGAAAAGUCUAAAGUUGGUUCUGUAAGACCACCCCUCCUAAAGACACCCCCACUGUUCUCCCAGGGCCUCCCUCUGCCGCAUCCGUCUCUCCACGAGAACCUUCGGCCUGGUAACGACAACAGGGGCCGAAGAGACCCCCUGCAUGGUGGUGGCCUCAUCCCCCUGCCCCACCAAGUGCUCCCCUACCUCCACCGUCCUCCCCCGCGGUUGGGUGAGGAGGGGCGUUCCUUACUCGGGUCUCCGCCCGGAAAACUCCGGAGAUUGGACGGACCUGGGAUUGGAGUCGAGGUCUUCUCGCACCUGCAUGAACCUCAUCAGUCGCCGCUCCAGAGAUUCUCCCACCCUUCCGAUAGACCCGGUCUUCUUCCUGUCCUGGUGGGCCGUGAAAUUGUCUGGGCGGACAAAGACCGAGGUGCCAUCAGGCCUCUCAUGGACUUACCGGUGAAGCCAGUGACCCAGAGAAGCACCCCCCUGAACAGAGACCUCGGAAAAAAAGACAACCCCAUCUCGGACCGAUCAUCUUCGGGCACCGAGAAGACGACCGCGGACCGAUCGGGUGCUGCCAACAACCCGGAGGCGGACAAACCUGCCAGCAAUUCCGAAGGAAUCGACGUAAAGGAGCGCGCAUCUUCUGAUGGGGCGUCCAACAAAGAAAAGGCUGGGGAGAAGUCAUUUGUGUCGGAUAAAGACUCCGACCGGAGCUCGGGAGUGGACAGAGAGCGGGAAAGUAACUGGAGAAUGGACAGGGAGCGGGAGAGAGGUUCCGAACGGGGGCGGGAAAAAACCUCGCGCUCGGACAGAGAGCGGGAAAAAGGUACGGCGUCGGACAGAGAUCAGGAAAAAGCUUCGGGGUCUGACAGAGAUCGGGAAAAAGCUUCGGGGUCAGACAGAGAUCGGGAAAAAGCUUCGGGGUCUGACAGAGAUCGGGAAAAAGCUUCGGGGUCAGACAGAGAUCGGGAAAAAGCUUCGGGGUCUGACAGAGAUCGGGAAAAAGCUUCGGGGUCAGACAGAGAUCGGGAAAAAGCUUCGGGGUCUGACAGAGAUCGGGAACGGGGUUCAGACAGAGACCGAGAUCGGGAAAAGGCUUCGGAUCGAGACCGAGACAAAACUUCUGAGCGAGAUCGGGCUAAAGCUUCUGACAGAGACCGAGAAAAGACUUCAGACCGCGAACGCGCGAAAGCGUCCAGUUCAGACCGAGAUCGUGCAAAAGUUUCAGACAGAGAGCGAGAGAAAGCCUCGAGUUCCGAUCGGGAUCGAGAAAAGGCUUCGGGAGCCGACCGGGAGAGGACUUCUGAGAAAGAGCGCGACAGAACGUCUGGAUCGAGCUCCAAGAGGGUCUCGGCGGUGAAAGAUGCCGACGUGGGUGAAAAGCUGCAGAAGGCAGAGCGCAAAAGCUCUGGAAGCGCCGCCGGCAGAUCCGUCUGCUUGGACAAAAUGACCAUCGCGGAGAAAUCGGCCAUCGGCAAGAAGCAGGGACACAACCAAGAGAAGCCGAGCGCCGCCUCCAAGGAGGCUGCGGACAAAGUGGCAAAAUCUGACUGUAGCGUUUCUAAGGAGAGAACCCCGAAGACUGCGUCCACUGUGAAAAAAAACAAUGCCCCUCCCAAAGACGCGAAAGAAGGGGAGACGAAAACGGUGAGAACCAAGCCUAAGAUUAGCCGCAAGGUCUUGUCGUGUCAACCUGCCGCUGCCGCCAGUCGCUCCACUCAAGAGCCCAAGCUGCCCUCUCGGGAGAAGGAAGAAGAGGAGAAGAAGAGAGACACGUCAGCCACUUCGGAUCAGGCGACGCCGUCGAUCCCCCCAAACGCUGGGGAGCAGCUCCUCAUUCAGGCGCCUCCUCGCUCCAAGUGGGAGCGAGAGGAUGAUGAAGAGGAGGAGGAGGAGAUGCAACAGGUGGCGGCAGUGGUCGCGGCUCCGCAAGAGCCUCCCAAAGCGCCGUCACCCGCGCCGCAGAAGAGUGAGGCCGCCCGAGCCGAUAAGAAGGUCGCGGUCAAGGAGGACAAGAAAAGGCCGUCGAAGGACGAGAGCAAAGGCGGCAAACCCGCCCCCAAAGUCAAGAUCGUCCGAGAGGAGAGGAAGGCGCCUCGAGGAGAAAGGCCAUCGAAAGCCGAGGGAAGGGAAACAAAGGAGGAGGACAAGAACGGUAGCGGCGCGGAGCCCAGGCGGCAGCGCCUGUGUUCGGACCUGGCCCGCGAGACGGACGAGGCCGCCUUCGUGCCGGACUACAGCGAGGGCGACGACGCCUCCGACAGCAGCCCCUCGGCCAGCCAGCGCUCCAACAGCAACCGCAGCGACUCGCCCUCCGCCGCCUCGGGCGGCGGCGGCGACAAGAAGAAGAAAAAGAAACACAAGAAGCACAAGAAACACAAAAAGCACAAGAAGCACAAAGUGACGGACAAGGAGGGCGGCGAGCACAAGCAUAAACACAAGAAGAAGAAACACAAGAAGAGCAAAGAGAAGGACUCGGAGGAAACCAAUGCUGACAACGAAGAGCCGCGAGGCAUCGCCGGAACGGAGACCCCCAAGCCUUGAUGCUGCUUGGAAUUUAAAAGACGGAGAGUGAGUGAGAGAGAGAGAGAGAAAAAAGACAUCAAGCAAGUUCAACGCUGCGAUUGAAGUGCCAGGAGUAGCGGAAACCCGGACCUCCAGACUUUGACGCUUCAAAAUGAAAAGUACAAAGACGAGAGGAAGUUGAAGCGCCACAAGGCAUAAACUGGAACACAUCCCUCCGAAACUUUUCAACUAAAUGAUUUACCAUGAUGACAACGGGCAUGUCAAAGUUGAGGAGGAGCCAAAAGCUGCGCCUCCGACCUUGACGCCACUUUGCAAAUCCAUUCACUCAGGGAUGCUUGGAAGCUUCACGUCUCACCGCCCGUCGUUUCACCGUGUAGAAAACCAGGAAGUCUCGCUUCCUUCCUUCCCUCCCUCCGUGCGGAACUUGGUCACUUCCCCUGUGAAGGAUCUCGCGCAUGUAAAUAUUCGUCGCCGCACUUUGAUGGCUUCUCCCACGUUUUAGGACGGUUUUCCUCGCUUCGCCGGGAUUUGAAUCAACGGCGCGCACUUGUAAAUAUUCUUUGGCACACUUGGACGACUAAGCCGGCGUUUCGGGGCAGUUUUCCGCAUUGUGACGAAGCGAUUGUGGCGUCGUCAUUCGGGGACACGUUUUGUUUGCGUUGUGGCCAUUUGGCAUGAAUGGGAAAACAAAUCUUUGGUCCACUUUUUUUUUUGUGUGUGUGUGCAAUCACGCGACACUGGAUGCAAGAAAAGG